AUGAGCAAUACUGGGACGUAUUUUUUCGCGUGGCCUAAUAUACUUCGUGGCGAACCAUUACAGGUGGAUCAAUGGGACUUCGACCCAUUCGAGCUGGAGGAAGUGACCCAGGGACACCCGCUAGUGACCCUCAGUGUGUACCUGUUCGCGGUAAAGCACAACCUUUUCUCGUGCUUCGCGUUUAGCAAGCCUCACUUCAACACUUUUAUGGUCAAGGUGGAGCAGGGCUAUGGGUCAGGGACGGGUGCCGGAGUCACCAACGUUUACCACAGCCGACGACACGCGGCCGAUGUCACUCAGGCUGUGCACUACUUUCUAAAGGUGUGCAACUUGGGGCAGCACCUCCAGGACGUGGAGGUGGCCGCCCUACUACUAGGCUCGCUGAUUCACGACUUCAAGCACCCGGGGAGGAGCAAUGCCUUCCUCACCAGGACAGGGCAUAAGCUGGCCAUCACGUACAACGAUGUCAGCGUUCUCGAAAACUACCAUCUGUCUGAGGCGUUCUUCCUUCUGAGAAAAGACGAGUGCAAUUUCUUUCGAGAUUUGGCUCCCGCCACGGCGCAGGAGAUAAGGCACAUCAUGGUGUCUAUGGUCCUCGCGACGGACCUCAAGGAGCACUUCGAUAUCCUCGGGGAGUUCAAUAGCCACCUGGCGGAUGUGCGUGAAGGGGUCCUCGUCGACGAAGGGAGAUCGAAGACGUACGCCUGCGCCAUGAAGGUGCCCAUACGGACAGUGCUGAUGUUGCCGCUCGGCGCGUGCAGUUCAUCGUUUGAAAACUUAACUUUCGUCCGGUGUUGA